CUGCUGCAGCCUGCUGCUGCCGGCAUUGCUGGGGCAGGCGCAUCACUCGACGGCGACAAGGCCGACAGUGCCCGCGUACUAACGCCACCCACGAGCACGGGAGGAAUCUCGCCAGCAGCAGCAACAGGCAUCGCUAGGCAGCAAUGCCGGUGUGUUUGGCCGGCUGCCGGCCAACGGACCUCGGGCGACAGGCAAUCUCGACGCUGGACGGCUGGGAGCUGCAUCGCACGUCUCAUCUGCAGCAGGCAAUGCAGGGCGGGGGUGGAGCGCACAGUCGUACGCACAGCCGCACUGCGAGCUACGGCACAUCACUGCUCGACACGCUUAACGAGGAGAAACAGCUCCACCAGCAGUGGCUGCCUCCCCAUUCAUCGGUGGCCGCCCAGCGCUCGCGCUUUGGCCAUGGCCGCUCGGCUACCGGCGGCGGCGCGGGUGAUCUAGGCACCGGUGUGAUUGGCAGUGGGAUCCCCGCAACCAACCCGCUAUCGCACCAGCGCCACUUCACCUUGACCUCCACCACUGGCGGCGUGGGGCUCCAGUCGACUUCGCCCUUCUCUCUCCAGUCCCAGCCCGACGGCAUCAUGCGCCCGGUGGCUUCGUCAGCUACCCCGCCCAGCGUCUCCGGAGCGGGCGCCAGCACUGGCCAGCAUGUCCGGGCCCACACCCUGACUGCAUCGCCGCCAGGGUUUGGUCGUACCGCCGGCGGCAGCGGCGGCAGCAGUCUGCUCAAGCACCCGCUUCCCACCAACGCGUCGGGUAUUCUAGGCGCCCACUCGCGGCUCAACUCGCUGUCAGGCACCUCGAGCUCCAACCUUGUACCUAGGCAUCCCAGCCAACUUGGCCAACGCCAACCUGCUCGCCUCGUCGCUGCGAAACUCGUACUCAGUCCAACUCGCUGCACUCGGCGUUUGCCCGCCGCAGCUCGCCAUCGCCGCUGUCACAGGAUCGCGAUGUCUCGGCGUCGUCCUAUUGGCAACGGCUCGUUUGACUUUGUGCCAGCACUAGACGAGUCCAGCGUCUGGGGACCCUCGCGCCUGUCCAACGAGCUCGAUCUGCUGUCACUCCACGACGGCAGCAUCACCGGUAACAGCAAUGCCAUGGAUGACUCGUUUGCACGUGAGCUGACCGCAGCUGAGGUUGCGGAUGCCAACUCGCGCAUCCGCUCGUACAGUUUCAACAGCCCGCCCGACGGAAUCGAGGAGGCCGACGAUGCCGACAUUGAUGUGCUCACGCAGCAGCUACCUCGCAGAACCCUGCUCUAGCCUUCCGCAAAAUGAUGGCCCGCACGCACGCCCGGUCCAAAACCCUGGCCAACCCGUUCGGCGGCGAGAGCGAUCUGGACUACGCUCUAGGCUUCCAGCAGACACAGCAGCAGCGGUACGGCCUGCCGCUGCACAUGCGCAAUCAGAGCAACGCCUUC